CCACUCUAAAUACGCCAAAUUUUUUGUUUAAAAAAUAACGGUUCCAAGUCUUUGGUGAUCUUCCAGAAACUUCCAGGAAUCUGUUAAUCUUCCAUAACAUUCAUAAGAACCUUACAACAACCAAUUUUCUAUCAUUGUCCAUGCUUUUCCCCUUAAAAAGUGACUGCUUCUCUCCAAAUUCUCUUCCUUUGACUAAUAAUUUAUUUCCUAAUGUCGACCGGUCUCUGGUUAUCUUCCCGAAACUUCCAGGAAUCUGAUAAUCUUCCAUAAUCACUUAUAGGGGCCUUACAAUUUUACCAAUUUUCUAUAAUUGUCCAUGCUUUUCUCACUAAAAAGCGACUGCUUCUCUCCUACGUCCCUUCCUAUAACUAAUAAAAUAUUUCCUAAUGUCGAACCUCAGUUUAAAAAACAUCCUUUACUAACCUCAUUUUUUUCCUUCCUUUAUUUUUAUUCCAUUAUUUUCCCCUCAAAUUGGUCACCUGACUUAAAGAUAGCCAUUCCAACUAGGCGGCUGUCAAUAAUUCCCGACCGCUUAUUUUUUGCAAUAUCAUCUCCCUUUACCUUUUCCAUUUCUAAUGGAAAGAGCAAAUAA